AUGGAAUUCUUCAAUUUCCCUCUGGAAAUCCGACUGCAAAUCUACAACUCCCUCCUCAUCUACCACGACACCAUUAUCUUCCGAGCAUGCGGGGGUUCUUUAUUGCCGCCCCUCUAUCUACCCCAAGAUCACGACCUCCAUCCCGCGCUUCUCCGCCUAAACAAGCACAUCUACAACGAAGCAAGUCCAUCGCUCUAUUCCCACAAUCGCUUUCAAUUCCCAGACAUCCUGACUCCGGGACCUUGGACGUACAGCGCUCGCAUUCAUCCAUUCCUAGACCAGAUCGGCCACCAUGUCGCUCUGCUCCGACACAUCUGCAUCUCUUUCCAUGUUUUCCAAAGCCUCGAGGAGGAAAGCGCAUGCGCACAUGGCAGGAAUUUAGACCUUAUUGGGGAGCUCUGCACUGGCCUUGCCACGCUGGAACUCUGCCUGCCUGCGGACGGCGUCGACGUCGAACCAAUUUCGGAACAGAACCUCGAUCUGCUUGACGCGCGGCUCAAAGUCAUGCCGUCGCCCGUGGAGGUGCGUGUCGUUUUCCAGGUGUACAGCGGGGGGGCCCUGGCGGAUGAGAGGGUGAAAUUGCGUGAGCGUGGGUGGACAGUGGCUGUCAAUGUGCUUCCGAAGAAGACGUGA